AUUUAAAUAAUGAGUAAUCAUGAAGACGAUUUAGAAGUACAAGAACCUGUUGAUCAAUAAAAAGAAGAGGAAUCAUAAAAGAAAGGAGGUAAGUUUAUAUAUAUAAAUAUAAUAGGCACUGAUAGCAAACAUUAAUUAAAAGAUAUUGACUUAGCAUCAAUAUUUGUGAGAAAUUUAGAUGAAAAUACAACAGAAGAUGAUCUUAAAGAAUAUUUUAAAGAUUGUGGAACUAUAGUUAAAGUAUCAAUAAAAUUAUAUUUUAGGUGACUCUAAGAAGUGAUAAGAAUACUGGCACUCUUUAUUCAUAUAUUCAAUUUCAAGAAUAAACUUCAGUUGAUGAUGCAUUAGUAUUAAGUGAAGGUAUAAUUAGAGGCAAAAAGAUAUUGGUAUGAAUUCAAUUUUAAAAUAAGGUAUUCCAAAAAAGAACAAACUUAAGAAAUAGAGGAAGAGGUAAUCGAGGUGCCAGAGGAUAACGUAUUUACAAAUUAAUAUAACAUAGCAUUUUAAUAUAUUACAAGAGGAAGAUAUUUGUAUGCAGAACCUAUUAGAGGAAGAGGAGCUUAUCGUGGUGGCAAAUGACAU